AUGAAGGAGCAGGGGGCGGAAGGCGGUGGUGGGGGAGGCGGAAGGCGGUGGUGGGGGAGGCGGAAGGCGGUGGUGGGGGCGGUGGUUUUGGUGGGAGUUGUGCAGAGGCGGAGGCGGUGGUGGUUUAGUUGGUUCAAGGCUGGCCGUGGCGGUUCGAUGGCUGGGUGGUGGGCCGGCGGCAGCGCCGCCGUGAGCGGCGGAGUCCCAAUAGCCACACUUUAUCCAAUAUAUCAGUUGAUUUGUCUUCUCUUUCUGCUGCUUCGUUUAGCCUUCUCUAUGAUGUAUUUCCUCUUGUGGAAAGUUUUAGCAGUUACCGUGGGUCCAAUCAAGAAUAUAGAGAAGAAGAAAAAGGAGUACCAAGAAGCAAAACAACUUUUGAGCUUAAUGUGUAAUCAAUUGGGUUCAUCAACCGCUCAUUACCGUGAACCAAUGAUUCAUGCUGUAUGCCAAGAUACCUACGAGGUUGUUGAUGAGAUUCUAUUUAUUUCACCUGCUGCAAUCAACAUUAAGAAUGAAGAAGGGCAUAACAUUAUUCAGUUAGCCGUAAUAAACCGCUCCGAAAAAAUAUACAACCUUAUCUAUCACAUAAUUGAACGCACAAAUGAAUAUAGAUUAAUGACGGAUUCUUCUGGUAAUAAUCUUGUACACUUAGCUGGAGGGUUGGCACCUUCAUUUGUACUUGGUCGUACCACUGGUGCAGCAUUGCAACUCCAACGAGAGCUUUUAUGGCGUGAGGAAAUUGAGACACUAAUGCUACCAAUAGAACUUACGAAUGAGAAUGUCUAUGGGGAGACACCAGAAAUGGUGUUCACCAGGGAACACCUACAUUUAAUGAAGCAAGGCGAAAAUUGGAUUAAAACGACAGCUGAAUCAUGCAGCAUCACUACUGCAUUAAUUGUCACAGUUGUAUUUGCAGCAGGAAUUACUGUACCUGGUGGAAGCAAUCAAGACUCUGGCAUCCCUGUGUUCAAAAAUGAAAUUGCUUUCACUAUCUUUGCAGUAUCCAAUGCAUUCUCACUAUUUACAGGGGCUACAGCACUAUUAUUGUUCUUAUCAAUCCUCACUGCACGUUUUAGUGAAAGAGAUUUUCUAGUCAGUUUACCAAGAAGGUUGAUUUUUGGUCUUUUCACGUUAUUCAUUUCGACAGCCGCCAUGAUUGUAGCCUUCUGUGCAAUUUUGUACAUUGUCUUUUGUGAUCAAAGACCAUGGAUGCUGGCACCCAUUGCUGGAUUUGCUUGCUUGCCGAUUUCAGUUAUUGUUACUCUGAACUCCCCCUACUGGCAGACUUAA